AAAAUAUUGUUUUAUCUUUUUUAUUUAAAUAUAAAUAUAGGCAAUUAUUAAAAAUAAUAUUAUACGGUAAUAUUAUUCAUUCAUUUAUUUAUUUAUUUAUUUAUUAUUUAUUUAUUAAUUGGCCAUAGAAAGCCAAUUAAUAACGGCCACACAAAUAUUUGUCAUAAUCAUUUAUAACGAAUUUUCAGUACGAAUAAAUUAGAAAACAAAAAAGAGAGAUGAAUAUAAACACAACUAGAUAUUACGAAUUAUUAGAGGUUCCAGUUGAUGCAUCACAAGAGGAUAUUAAAAGAGCGUACCGUGUUUUAGCGUUAAAAUAUCAUCCAGAUAAAAAUCCAGACCCAAGUGCUGCAGAACAAUUUAAGGAAAUUUCAGAGGCAUACGGAGUAUUAUCAGACCCAGAAAGAAGAAAGUUAUAUGAUCAAUAUGGUGCAGAGGGUUUGAAACUAUUUGAGGGUGGAGGUUUUGGAGAAGAAGCAGCAUAUGUAGCAUCAAUGAUGGGAUCAAUAAAAUAUAUUGGUUGUUUAUUUUGUAUUUUGUUAUUGGUCUUAAUAUUAUUCCCAAUAUUUAUAGUGGUCAAAACAAAAAGUGGUGGCGUUAGUUGGAGUUGGGCAAAGGUAUUUUCACCAAUGUGGAUUUUGGUUGGUAUUUCAACUCUUCUCUUUGGAAUUAUUGCAAUUAGAAUCAAGAAGCUAGGAACUACAGUAAUCUUUAUUCAACAUAUUUGUGUCCUUUUAUUUAUGGCAUUCUUAACAGCUAAUUUGGAUGGCAGAACACACUUAAUGUGGGCAAAGGUUUUCAUUCCAAUUUAUAUUUUAAUUGCAGCUAAUAUGGGAAAGAAAUACGAAGUAUUCAAAAAGGAUGCUUAUGAAAAACGUUUCACUGAUCCAGAGUACCUCCGUCCAGUUACUAAUUUUGGUUUGGGUCGUUUAGGUUUUUGGAUUCGUUCAUUCUAUACCGAUUUACAUGCUUGCUGGUUCUUCGUUUUCUUAAUAUUAAAGAUUGACCGUGCCGUAGGUUGGACAUGGUACAUUAAUUCGAUUCCAUUGUUUGUUUAUAUCGGCACAUAUUUUAUAAUCAUGUUUUUAGAUAACUCUGCUAAAAGUAAAAACUUAGAUCAAAUCGAUGAGGAAGAUGAGGGUGGCCAUAAGUUUUUUGUAUCAAUAUUCUGUUGUAUAAUGAUACCGGUUAUCAUUUUCAUUGGUUUAUUGGCUGCUCAUCUAACUUCAGACAAGUUUUUAAUUGCUAAAAUCUUUGCACCAAUAUUUAUUUUAUUAGGCUUAUUUUUCUGUGGUUUCUGCUUAAUUUUCUGUUUAAUGUCCUUCUUUGGCGAUAAAGGUUACGAUGAAUUUGCUAAAAACAUGGGAAUGGAUGAAUCUAAUUUCUUUAACGUUGUAAAUCAAAAAUUACAAAGACCACAAAGAUUUUUAGAAGGUACUGCAAUUUCAGUUGAGCAGUCUUCUUCAUCGGGCGAACAAAAUGUUUAAAAAAUAAAUAAAAAGAUAAAUAGAAAUUAACAAUUAAUUUCUUU